UAUACUCGAGAAUAUUGUCAAGGCAUUCAGUCAUAAAUACAAUUUUAAACAUUAAAUACAUUUAUUUUGGACGGUUAAGAUAAAGUUACUGAAUUACAAAUAUUUCUGUAAAUUUGUAGUCCAAAAAUGUCGUGCUAUUGCAAUACUUUUGGUUGGGAUCCCAGUAUUAAUGUAUUUAGACAAACUGCGGUAGAGACUGACGACACUAAAAUGGCUCGGUACACUUCAGCUGAAUUGGCCGCUUGUCGUGCCGAGAACUUGCACCUGAAGCAGAAGCUAAUUGAAUACGAGGCCACCAUAAGAAAUCUGGAAUGUAUGGUCACUUCCAUAGCCGAUAAGCAGCAACAGAUUCUGAUUGAGUUGCGUGAGGAGAAUCGCAUAUCACCCAUAAUGUUCGCUCAUCCGGGUCCCAAUAUGCCCGAUCUGGAGAAUGACGAUGGUGAAAUGGGUGACGACGAGGGCGAUGACGAGAUUCUAUCGCAAUCGUCUGCAUUGCCCUCAGAUAUAGAGCUGACUUCAGAUUCUGAUGACGAUGAUGAGCUUCAAGUUGAGUUGGAGGAACAUAGCUCAGAUGCCGACAGUGAAUUGAAUUAAAUAGAAUUUAAAAUUUUGUUAAAACCAUUAAGCCUUAAUUAAAUGUCUUAAUGAUUGUCCACUCUUUUCACAUCCAUUCGUUCACAAGAUGAUAGUUAAUGAACAAUGGAUUAGAAAAAUGGAUUUUCAUUGGUUUUAAAUUGCAA